CGUCACGACGUCAUCAGCGGUCAGACUACAGAGGUAAAGAUGGUGUCUUCAGAGUAUUCGCAGCUCCGCAGUAUCUCUGCGGCUUCGGUCGUUUUUCUCGGUUUAUUCGGCUUCUUGAGCGUCUUGACCUCCGGGAGCUGCGACGAGCAGGUUCCUCUGAUCCUAUGGACCAGCGAGGGGACCGCUGCUCCUCGACAGUUUCCCCCCACAGCGGGUCACAUCGUGGGGCAGCAGCAGCUGGCGUCCUACCUGGAGAAAGCUCUGGAUGUCGGUCCCAGAAACGUGGUGCUGUUCCUGCAGGACAAGAUGAGCAUCGAGGACUUCACCAUGUACGGAGGAGCUUUUGGGAACAAGCAGGACAGCGUCUUUCCAAACCUGGAGGGAGCUCUCACCUCCUCGUCCUCCCCCCUGGUGUUACCUGCCGUGUCCUGGCCCGCCUCCAACGCUGUGAUUGGUCAGCUCCAGGACCAGCUGGAGACGUCCCCCCUGUACAUGGACCCAGAGACGCUGAGCCAACUGAGGCUCAACGCCUCGUCUCCGGCCCUGCUGGUGUUCAGGCUGCCCUACGGCAUCGGGGCUGAUCUGAUGUCUGCUAAAGAGGUUCUCGGUGGAAACGACGAGGUGAUCGGUCAGGUGUUGAGCAUCAUGAAGACUCAGGCGGUUCCGUACACGGCCAUCUACACGGCCCUGCGGCCCUCCAGGGAGGCGGCGUCUCUGUCCAUGGAGGCCGGUCUGGGAGGAGGUCGAUCUCUGCUUCAGGCCAGAGGAGGAUACCGGGAGAGAGAGAAGGAGCGAGAGAGGCAGCGGAAGAUGAUGGAGAAGUCCAAAGUCUACGCUCCGGUAGAGUUCAAGAAGGAUGACAGCUCCUGCAUCCUGCUCUGGGCCAGAGGUUUGUCCGUCAGCAUCCUGAGGAACCGCGAGUGGGAGGAACACGAUCUGACCCCGUCCACAUUCGGAGACUCAGCCAGCGUCAAGCUGCACGGAUCAGAGUGUGACAAAACCAGAGCCAGGCUGGUUCUGAACUAUGAGAAAGUCCUCGGACACAACAGCUUCAAAGUGGUGUUUGCUAUGAGCCAGCGGUACUACAAGGUGUCGGCCCGUCGCUGGUUCACGCUGGACGCCGUGGAGCUGGAGUACGACGGCGUCAAGGCCAGGUUUAAUGGCAGCAGGAACAUCUACGCUCCCGCUGAGUAUUCCUACCGCUGCGAGUCCGUCACCAACUUCCGAUGGCCGCUGCUCUUCCCCUGGUCAUCCAAAGAUCCGGCCAUCCAGUGGAGGGUUUCCUUCAAAGACUUCCAGAUCCAGGGCUUCAACGUGAGUGGAGGCGACUUCUCGUACGCCAGCGACUGUGCCGGCUUCUUCUCUCCGGGUAUCUGGAUGGGCCUGAUGACCAGCCUCCUCAUGGUCCUGGUCCUGACCUACGGCCUCCACAUGAUCAUGCAGCUCCGCACCAUGGACCGCUUCGACGACCCCAAAGGCCCAGCCAUCUCCGUCCCCCAGACAGAGUAACGCUUCCCACAACGCUUCCACUCCCUCCACCCGUCACGCCCCACUUCCUGUCCAUCCGUGGUUGGGCAUCGUACUGAUUAGAUAAGGGAUAGAUGUCCGUUUAUACUUUCUAAUCCUGGAGCUGAGCCUCUUCUCUGUUAGCGUUUAGCUGUUCUGAAGGUGUUUCCAAAGACUCUAAAGUAUCGGACAGGUUUCAUUCAGUCGAGGCAAGUUCGAGGGCAAGUUUCUGGACAUUUUGGGCUAGUUUCAAGUUAAUUUGGACAAUUUUUCAGUCAUUUUGGCCAAAUUUUGAGUCAUUCUGGACAAGCUAGUGGUAAUUUCAGACAUGUUUUGAGUGAUUUUGGAGAGAUUUUGAGUAAACUUGGACAAGCUUCGGGCACCAUGAAAAAGACUCUUGGAGGUUAUUGACCUCCGACCAGAGCUAACUCAUACAUGGUAGCUGAAAGUAGCUUUUGGCAAAUUCAAAACUGAUUCUGGACCAGUUUGGGACUUGGGUUCAGUCUUGUUCAGUCUCCCUUGAGGCCAGUUUCAGAGUAGCUUCUGGACCGAUUUGAAACCCGUUGAUUUUGGACAGUUUUUAGACUUGAUGUAUGGUUUUAGGGCAGAAGCAAAGUACAAGAUGUCAGUAAAUGUAUCAUAGGUCAGCUGUAGUUCCUGGUUGUUCCACCAGGUGGAGCGUCUUCUUGUUUAAUUCUGUAGAGACCAGAGGAAGUGUCACUCAGACUACAGUUCAUGUUGGAAAGCAUAGAGCAUUGUGGGAAUUUAGCUAGCAACAGGCAUCAUGACAAAGACUUCUGGGAUGCUUAAUGACCUCCAACCAUAGUUCAUGAGUUUACGACAAACUGGGAGAGACUAGAGUCAUCUAUGAAGCCCACAUCUUGUGUCUGUUGACUAAAAUAAACACAAAACCAACAUGAACUAUGUUCAGUUUGUACCUGUGUGACAUCUGACAUAAAAAUAUGGUAGAAAAAAGGCUAGAAUAAGUAUUUUAAAUAUGGAAAAUGCAGUGGUUUAGCAGCGACGGGCACCAUGACAAAGACGUAUUCGGAGAUUAAUGACCUCUGACCAGAACUCAUGCAUUUGAAGUCAUGUUUGCUUUGCUCAGUUUGUGUUAUUGCCCGUCGAUUAAUAACGCUGCAGAUGAUUUAAUGGGAAAGUUAUUCAAAAUUCAUAUCCAAGGCCACAAAUUGUUACGACAGACAAAAAUUAGUCGAGUCAAUGACUCAAAACUUCUCCAAAAUUAGAUGAAAAUGUUUUCAAAAUGAUUGAGAAUUUGUCCAAAACUGAUCAAAGCAUCUUAGUUUGUCCAGGAAGACUCAGAACUCAUCCAAAAACGAGCAAAUAUUGUCCUAAAUGACUCAAACGUUGUCUAAAGUGACCCUCUAAAAUGUGUGAGUCACGAUUUGAACUCACCAAAUGUUCUGCUGUAAGAGUCAACACAAGAGUCUUCGUGCACUGCCAGCAUCAGGAACUGAACACCCAGUGGAUAACUGGAAUUAUUGAUGUUGAUGGAACUCAAAUGUCUCCAAAAUGAAACUAUUCAAUAUUCGCAUCCCUGGCCAAAAUUGUGACGACAGACAAACAAAAAUGAAUCAGAUUGAAGUUCUGGCAGAUUAAUAAACACUUUGAUCUGAGACUUCUCACAGAUGGAAUCACCUGAAAUGUCUUUAUUUUGCAGUACGAUUUGGAAAUCCCUUCAGAACAUCCUCAGAUAUUCUAAGUGAGUUGUUAAAGUAACGCUAACUGAUAAGAGGAGCUAGCCACAGUCAGUUUUCAGGCUAAUGUAACAUAAAAAGGAGGCGUACAGCGAUGCAAAUAGGGACGAAUAUAUCUUGUGAAAUGAAUUAUGAGAUGCUAUUUAUCGGUGAAAAUGCUGUAAUUGAACGUGUUUACAUUUUGUUUGUGAGUAGAUAGGUGAGAUGUAGCUGCUGAAUGAAGGGAACACACCUGGUUUAUGGACCACAGGUAAAUCCAUCACAUUCCAUCCAGUCCAGUAAACCUUUGUUUUCCAAACAUGACCGAUAAUUUGUUUUUUUGAAACAUGAAUAUUGUAUUUAUUUCUCAAGUGGAGCUCUUAAAACUGAUGUGCACUGAAGAACUCUCAAUGUGAACUUUUCUGUUUGUUAAUUUAUUUUGUGGUCAUGACUUGUAGUGGAUGUCAUUGAUGUGUGGUCCUGUGUCGUGAUGCUGCUGUGACCCAAUAAAACGUCUGAAGACCCAGA